UUCAACCAAAAAUAUUUAUUUCGACAUCCUAAAGUUAGACGGCGACGCUAUUUAUAUCAAGGAAAAGUUUUGUUUAACGCGAUGUCCGAGACGCCCAGGACGCCAGCAACGCCGGGAACUCCCGGAACACCUGGCAGCCUUGCCAUGGAGAUGGCCAGAGCCCAGAACUCGGCGCUGGCGGAAUUCAAGAAGCCCACGGAGCUGGUGCGUCGCAAAAACAAACCAAAGAUCCUCACCGAGGAAAAAUACGUCGAGGAGAUGGCAAAAAUUAUACAGCGCGACUUCUUCCCGGAUCUGGAAAAGUUGCGGGCCCAGAACGAUUACCUGGAUGCAGAAUCCCGCAGGGAUUUCGUGCAAAUGUCGGAAAUACGAGAGCGCUACAGUCUGGGCAGGAUUCCCGGUAUGGGAAGCUCCAGGAGAGGUAGUAGAUUAAGGAACCAAAGGAACAAUGCCAUGUCCCCCGCCACUUUUGAGACACCUGUAAGUAACAAUGGCAGCAGUACGCCACUGCCUCCCUCCCGAGAAACAAACAGACCCAACUCCCCGUCUCCAUCCGAAAAAAGUUCCGCUGAAAGUUGUGUGAAAGGCAUCGCCUCCAAGAUGUCACUGGACGUGUUUCUGCAUAACUACACCAGCGAGGAUAAUAAUAGUUUUCAGGAAAUCAUUGAAACGGCAGAGGCCAAGCUCCGCCAGAAGUAUGCUGUGCUCUUUAAUUGCGAGAAGAUGUCGGCGGAGCGACUGCAGCGGGCCCUGACGCUGCCCAGCAUCGAGAAACAGUUUGAAGGCGCUGAUCCGAUGCGGAUGAUCGAGACAUGGAAGUACACCAACAUGAAUUCCGUAAUGUACGUACCUGACGGUGUUGAGCUUACGGAUGAGGAACGGGUCCAGGCGGCAAAACGAAAGCAAAGCAUCCAACACAAGGCCACUCGUUUGCCGGACGAGGCACAAUACCCCGAGGGAGCGUCAAACAAGAAAGCUGACGCUGUCGCAAUACUCGAUGCUUGUGCGCUAAGCACGGGCGAUGGCACAGCCACGCCCAGAUUCAGGGGCUACGACCUCCUGCGCACCCCCUCGCCCCGACCCGGCGAGGAUUUCUCGCCCAUAAUGACCUGGGGCGAGAUAGACGGCACUCCGUUUCGUCUUGAUGGCGGGGACACCCCCAUGCGUCCCACCCAGGGUCCCUCGUUCCGGAUAAACGAGAAUUCGCGCCGUGAGAACAUAGCCCUCGCCCUGGCCGAGAAGGUCAGCGAGAAGAUGCGUAAUCAAAAGCAAAUGGCUUUGGAUACGGCCCGCAAGAAUAUCGGAUCGCCCCUGAUCCGGUCCAGCAUGGAGCGCUUGGCCAGCAUGUCGCCGGCAGCUCAAAGAUUUGCCACCGGAAAAAUCGGAAUCCGAGCAUCGCCCGUUAUGCCGCACACCCCAUCACCGAAUAGGUUCAAGAGACAGAAAGUUACGCCGGGUGUCGUAAGAAGCAACACACCACAACAGAGACAAACGCCACAGCAGCUGCGAACGAUCAGCACACCGUCCAAGAACACGCCCAUCGAUACGGGCUCCACGCUGACCGACGAUCUGCUGAAGAUUCCCACCAAGAGACGGGCGACAGCGGCCGACUUCUUCUAGCACACGCCGUUGUUAUCAUUUUCGGUUUUCCAACAACACUUCACCCUCCAAAUGCAUUGGAGAAUAUUAAAAAUCGAAUGUUUACAAGAAA